CCAUUGGUACAGAUGGCAGGCCCGCACUGCCUCUUUGAAAAGAAAGCAUUGGCCGUUUCCUCUGCUAGGCUUAGGCAACGCCCCCCACAAAUUGGCAACCGGUGGCUUUUGUUUCGUUCCCUUGUGGAAAGCAAAGAGAGAAAAGUUCUUGGUUCAGAAGGUGAGGAAAUUGAGAAAGCAUAAGGAUUUGGAUUCUGUUUCCCUCAGGCAUAGAGAAAGAUAGACACUUUUGUGGCAUAUUAAUUCUGUGCAGCAAGUGAGAAAAAAGAGUUUGUUUGUUUUUUUCUUUUUUGCUCUUGUUGUUUUUGCUGUUGCUGCUGCUGCAUAUAGAAAACAGAGAACCCAGAAAGGAAAUCCAAGUACCCUUUUUAGAAUUGAAUAUGCUUUUGUAUCUAAAUUGGUCACUUCCAGCUGAAUUUGAGAGAAAGCAGAGAAGCCACACACACAAAAGUUAUAAUUUUGGAACUUUGAACACACACGAACACAGAGACACAGAGACACAGAUCCUAUAAUUUGAGCCUAGAUUUGGAGUUUGGUGGCUUUGCAAGGAAAAUCAAGAAUUGGGUUUUGAUCAGAAGAAAAUAAGGUGGUGGAAUCUGAGGUGUUUGGUGUUUGGUGAAUGGGAAAAUGGAUUUCUGGCCAGAGUUUCUUGCAAACAGUUGGGGGAGAGAGUUUGUGGCUGGAGGCAUUGGAGGCAUGGCUGGUGUAGUCUCUGGUUAUCCCCUUGACACUCUCCGCGUCUGGCAACAGAGUUCACCCUCCGGUUCUUCUGCCUUCAGCAUGUUACGCAAUGUCGUCUCUGCCCAAGGCCCUACUGCCCUCUACAGAGGCAUGGCUGCACCCUUGGCAUCUGUCACUUUUCAGAAUGCCAUGGUUUUCCAGAUAUACGCCAUCCUCUCUCGAGCAUUCGACUCAUCUUUAUCCCCCAAAGACCCUCCUUCUUACAAAGGUGUUGCUCUAGGAGGAUUUGGUACAGGUGCUAUACAGAGCCUAAUUCUCAGCCCGGUAGAACUUAUAAAAAUCCGGCUUCAACUGCAAACCAAUGAUCAAAGCCGUGCAAAAUCGAAACCCCAUAAACUGCAGUCCCACAAAGGGCCUGUAGAUGUUGCCAAGAGCAUAAUUAAAGCAGAAGGCUUAAGGGGAAUAUAUAGAGGUCUAACCAUCACUGUUCUGAGGGAUGCACCUUCUCAUUGCUUCUACUUCUGGACUUACGAGUAUAUGAGAGAGAAGCUUCACCCGGGCUGCAGAAGCACUGGCCAAGAGAGCUUGCAGACAAUGUUGAUGGCAGGAGGGCUAGCAGGAGUUGCCAGCUGGGUUUGUUGCUACCCUUUGGAUGUUGUUAAAACCAGAUUGCAGGCUGAAACUUCAUACCGUCCACAGAAAUAUUACGGCAUUGUUGAUUGCUUCCGGAAGAGUGUAAAGGAGGAUGGUUACGGCGUGCUCUGGCGAGGGCUAGGAACUGCGGUUGCUAGAGCUUUUCUGGUGAAUGGAGCCAUUUUUGCUGCUUAUGAGGUUGCUCUGAGGUGUCUAAUCAGCAAUGGAAGCGGAACCAUUCAAACAGAGAGUGCAAUCUAGAAAACGUGUCUUCUGUAAAGCAAUGGGGCUUAUUUGCAACCCUUGAUCUUGUCCUAAAUUAUCUUAUCUUACUGAUAAUUUAGUGACAGAAGCCAUUAAAAACAGGCAAGAAUCCUGUAUGAUAAUAGACCAUUAUUCUUGCUGCAUUGCUUGAUUGAUUGAUUGAUUUAUUCUCCAAAGAAUAUAAAUAUCAAAUGUUAUAUGUUAUGAUUCAGUUGUAAAAUAAAAAUGACUUUAUUCUGUGGUUA